AUGACGACACCAACUAACGAGACAGUGGAUCUGCCGGAAGCGACGACUUUUCGCAAGUCACCGAGGGAAAACGCCGGAGUUCCGCCCACUCAUCUUAUGCGCGACUUCGUCCUUGACCCAGCCGCGAAGAAGAAGAACACGCCCACCGCCGUCACAUCCAAGUCUAAACCCAGCAACGCCAGCAGCAAGAAUGAGAGCCGCAAGUCCAAGUCGUCGCACCGCAGCACCCGUCAAGCUCGCCAAGCCGAAGUAACAGCGGCGCAGAAACUGUCCGAUAUAUGUAAGGAAAGGGACGACAAGGAGAAAGAAAUCAAGAAUUUAGAACUGGACCUGGCUGAGCUGCUGACAAAGAUCAACAGCAAUACAGACAUCAUUAAAGACCAUGCCAAAUACGACGAACCCUCAAGACUAGCUGCAGAAUCCCAAAAUCAAUCGUAUCUGCAACAACUACGUCAAAUGGAGGCAGACAUACGGAGGGCUACAACUAAUCUCGAAUUCGACCAACGAGAUUACAUGCGAAGAGAAGCCUUGGUCAGAGCAGAAUUGGACCUGGCCAAGUUAGAUGCGACCGACGACUCUGAGGAGGGCGGCGGAAGCAGUGAUGAUGAUUCAGCCGAACCAUCCGAAGUGGAGAAAUGGGCGGAGAAAACUGUUCUUCACAUCCCAGCCGACCCGAUGGUCAAAGGGAAAAGCAAGAGUGGGUCAGAAAGAGAAGGUGGAGCAGAAGGCGACGUGGAGGAUGAGAAGUCGGCCAGCGAGGCUGAAGAGAAAAAGAAAUCAUCCCCUCGUCACAAGAAAAAGAAGACCCAUAGAAAGUCCAAAUCCAGUCCCAACAAGUUCAACCUUGAAGAUAUCGUCUCAGCCUUAGCCAACGCGAUCAAUGGAGCAAGUCUCAAGUCCUCUCACAAAAUGUCAGACAAGAUCCUAGCUCGUCAAGUACAGGGAAGAGACCUGCCGUCUUUCUCUGGUCAUCCCGAAGAGUGGCCCGGUUUCGCUGCAGCGUUUGAAACCUCCACCAGAAACUGUGGCUACAACAAUGCUGAGAAUCUCCCCCGUCUACAGAAGUGUCUCAAGGGAGACGCAUACAAAAGUGUGCAAUGUUUGUUGGUCGACCCGGACGGGGUGCCAACCGUGAUGGAAAAACUGAAGAUGAGGUUCGGUCGCCCCGCACUCAUCAUUGAGUCGAUGAUACAGAAGCUGAGAGAAGUUCCGCCUGUCAAGUUGGACCGGUCGGAAACUUUCAUCGACUUUGGAAUCGCAGUGGACAACUUGGUGUCCACAAUUAAGUCCCUGAAGCAACCGCAACAUAUGGGAAACCCGACAUUGCUGCAAGAGCUCGUCAACAAAUUGCCGUUGAUGACCCAAAUGGAUUGGAGCCGGUCACAGAAGGAUGACUCGUCCAAUCUAGAAGAUUUUGCCAAAUGGAUUGACAGUUACACCCAGGCGGCGUGUAAAUUGUGCCCCACCAGAGCAGAGAAUAGUACCCAACGAGAAAACAAGAAAGGAAAGAAGCCGGAACGAGUCUACACGGUCAGUGAGAAGAAUAAUUCUGGUCAAGGGAAGUGGGAGAAGAAAUGUGCAUUUUGCUCUUCAUCCCACCACCAACGAGAUUGUCCCACAUUCGUCAAGUCUGAUGUCGACCAACGUUGGACCAUGGUAAAGGGAAAGAGGGUAUGCUUUGGGUGUCUGGGGGUCGGUCACAGAUGCGGAGACUGCCGUUCUUCGCGACCAUGUGGAGUAGAUGGAUGCAACGUCAAGCAUCACAAACUGCUCCACCAAGUAAGAUCCAGCCGAUCAAGAGAAAAGGAGAAAGCAGCAACAGAAGAAGAAAAAGAAGAGAACGUUGUUCUUCAAACACGGGGGGAGUGGAAUGAAGUCAUCCACAUGAUGAGUCCUGUACAAAUUGAGGGUCCGAACGGCAAGAUUGAAGUCUUCGCCAUUCUUGAUGGCUUAUCAUCCAUUACCACCAUGGAGAGCGCAGCCGCGCAGAAAUUGGGAAUUGUGGGAUCGCCAGUUCCGCUCACGAUCAAAGGGUUCAAUUCUACGAAGACGUAUCAAAAUUCCCAAGUGAUUGACGUCCGUUUGCAAGCGACGAAUGAGAAGUACGCCUGCACUUUAAGAAAUGUGAGAACCGUUGAGAAGAUUGAGCACAGUCAAUCCGUGAAGAGAUGUGACUUGUCAAAGUGGUCACAUCUCCAAGACCUGGACAUCCCGACCUACAACAAUGCAAAGCCAACAAUCCUGAUUGGACUGGACCAUCCACAACUCCAUGUCCACCACGAAUAUCGAACCGGGAAGGGGAAUAAUGAACCUGUCGCGGUCCGAACUCCUCUUGGGUGGAUGAUCAUGGGAAGACUAGGUCAAUUUCGCCAGCAACAAAGCCACACCAUGUUUUCAAUGAGUGAAGCCGAUUCAAGCCUGCAUCAAAUGGUAAAGGAAUAUUUUACCAUCGAGUCAUUGGGGGUCAGCGCUAGUCCAGCAAAUCCGAGGUCCACUGAGGACCAGAGAGCUCAACAGCAAUUGGACUCGUCUCUACGCCGCGUACCAAACGGAUGGGAGGUCGGAUUACUGUGGCGUGAUGAUGAUGUCUCUCUUCCUCUCAGUAAGCAGAUGGCAUUGUCAAGAUUGAGGACAAUGGAACGGAAAAUGGAUAGAGAACCAGAAUUUGCCAAACAAUACGAAAGCAAGAUAGCUGAAUAUCAAGAGAAGGGUUUCGCCAAAAAACUAUCAAAAGAAGAGGCAAGUGUCGAGACGGGGAAAACAUUCUACCUACCACAUUUUAUGGCCUUCAACCCAAAAAAGCCGAACAAGUUUCGUUUUGUUUUUGAUGCGGCAGCAAAAGUCCAGGGUAAAAGUCUGAACGACUUUCUCCUCCGUUGUCCAGACAAGCUAUCCUCCCUUCCAGGCAUUCUGCUCAAAUUUAGAAGAUAUCCUGUCGCCAUCACGGCAGAUAUUCAAGAUAUGUUUCACCGGGUCCGAGUGAAGCAUGACGACGCCCAGGCACAAAGAUUCUUGUGGAGAGGCAAAGAACGAGAUCGAGAUCCCGACGUGUAUGAAAUGGGGGUCCUAAUUUUUGGGGCAACGUGUUCGCCAACUUGCGCCCAAGAAGCGAAAAAUAGAAACGCCCUGGAAUAUCGACAGCAAUAUCCCAGCGCAUGUGAAGCCAUUAUAGACAAGCACUAUGUUGACGAUUUGUUGGAUUCUGUCACGACCGUGCAGGAAGCAGUUAAACUUUUCCAUGAAGUCCGAGAGGUACACAGCAAGGGUGGAUUCAACCUUUGCAACUGGCUGUCCAACUCGAGGGAAGUAAUGCAAGAAAUCCCAGAAGAAUUGAGGGCAAAAUCCGUAAAGAGUCUGGAUUUCUCAUCCGGGCAACAUGUGGAGAGAGUUCUUGGCCUGUUUUGGAGGCAUGAUGAAGAUGCAUUCACUUUCUCCCUAACGUAUUUAAAAGCUCAAUCCGAUGUGCUAAAAGGAGGACGACUUCCAUCAAAGAGAGAAGUCUUGUCAUUGGCCAUGUCGUUGUAUGACCCUCUUGGAUUCUUGUCGAUCUUAACCAUCCGAGCCAAGAUGAUUAUUCAGAAAUGUUGGACCUCUGAAACUGGAUGGGACGAUGUCAUACCCGAGGAAACACGAGAAUUUUGGAGAAAGUGGCUGGAGGAGCUGCAAAAUAUCACCAAGUUCCAGCUACCACGAUGUCUCAGUCCAAAUCUGUCCAAGUCCCAGGACAACCAACUCCACGUCUUUGGAGAUGCAAGCGAGGAGGCGUAUGGGGCCGUGGUGUAUUUGAGAAUGAUUACUCCCACCGGGAUAGAAGUCUCACUCAUCAGUGCCAAGGCGAAAGUAGCACCAAUCAAAGUGGUGUCCAUUCCCCGACUCGAACUGCAAGCCGCCGUGUUGGGGACAAGAUUGCAAAAAUUUAUUAAAGAAGAAAUGUCCAUUCCAAUCAACCGAGUCGUAUUCUGGAGCGACAGCAGCACCGUCAUACAUUGGAUUCGCUCAGACGGAAGAAGAUUUCAGCAAUUCGUUGCUCAUCGAAUUGGUGAAAUUCAAGAGAAUACUGAAAUUAAGGAUUGGAGAUGGAUACCAACGAACGAGAACGUGGCGGACGAAAUGACACGAAUCGACAGCAAAUGUGACUUCAGCGUCAACAGUAGAUGGAUUCGUGGUCCAGAAUUUUUGAGAAAACCGGAAGAAGAGUGGCCAGUCGAGAAACUGAAUCCUCGUACCAGUAAUCACGAGUGGGAGCUGAAGAAAGUCAUCAUCCAUGCCAUGAAAGAACUCCAACCCGUUAUCGACAUAUCCCGAUUUUCAAAAUGGAAGAGAUUGCUCAACGCCACAGCCUACAUGCUAAGAUUCGCCAGGCGUGUAAGGUCAGCCCGUAAGAUUGUCGAACCAGAAGAAUUUGCUGCUGCUGAGAGGUGGUGGUGGAUUCAAUGCCAACGAGAAUGCUACCCGAACGAAGUAGCAAUACUACAACAAGGUCACCCACUUCCAAGGACCAGUCGUCUUCAGUCACUUACCGUGGGACUAGAUGAAUUUGGAGUUAUGAGGGUCCGUGGGAGGCUCGAUAAUGCAGACAUCCCAACAUCAGUUAGAAGUCCAGUUGUGUUGGACCCGAAGCAUCCAUUUACCAUUCUGCUACUGCGCCACUAUCAUCAGAUCUGUGGACACCAUGGUCACGAGCGGAUCGGAAAUGAAGUUCGACAACAAUACUUCAUCCCGUCCUUACGAAAUGCAAUACGCACCAGUUAUGCAAAUUGCCAGCAAUGCAAGAACGAACGAGCCACGCCACAAGCACCGGAAAUGGGUCAACUGCCGAGAUGUCGAGUUGAGAUGAACGUCCGUCCUUUCUACAAAACUGGAUUGGACUAUUUUGGACCGAUCGACGUUGUAGUCAAGAGAAGCCGAGUGAAGAGGUACGUCGCCCUCUUCACCUGCCUAAGCACGAGAGCUGUGCAUUUUGAAAUCGCAGGGUCGUUGUCAACCGACUCCUGCAUCAUGGCAAUCCGACGAUUUGUAUGCCGACGAGGAUGUCCGAGUACCAUUCAAUCAGACAAUGGUACCAACUUUCAUGGAGCUAACAAUGAGCUCAAAUCAGCCCUCGCCGAGAUAAAUCAAGAUAAGAUGUAUAGUUUUGUUUGCAACAACAGAGGAAUACGGUGGUCAUUUCUUCCGCCGUCAAGUCCGCAUAUGGGUGGAAGUUGGGAGCGGAUGGUCCGUUCAGUGAAGAAGGCAAUGGGGUCCGUACUACAGAUGAAAGACUUAUCCGAAGAAGUCCUCCAUACCGUACUGCUCGAGGCGGAGCACACGGUGAACAGUCAUCCACUCACCCACGUGGCGGAUGAUCCCGACGACCCCGAAGCCUUGACGCCGAACCACUUCCUCCUCGGACAAUCCAGCAACCUGCAACCCGUGGGGAAGUUUACUGAUUCAGACAUCAUUUCCCGGAAACAUUGGAGAAUUUCACAGCAUUUGGCCAACCAAUUUUGGCGCAGAUGGGUGAAGGAAUUCCUCCCGACGCUACUACGCCGCCAAAAGUGGUGUCAAGUGACUCGACCCAUUCAGAUAGGAGACGUCGUCAUUGAGGUCAAUCCAAACUUUCCGAGAAACAGUUGGCCGAAGGGGAGAGUUGUGGAACUCUUUCCAGGGAAGGAUCAAGUGGUACGAGUCGUCUCCGUCAAGCUAAGCAAUGGACACAUUUUCCGUCGUCCGGUCGCCAAGCUCUGCAUUUUGGAUGUGCAAUCCUCUCAUCAAGACAACGACAAGAAUAAGGACAAACAAAGUGCUGCGACAAAGUGA